AUGGCAUUUAAGAAAGCAAAUUGGUGGAUAAAACAGAGAAAGAAUACAAUAGAUCGCUGGCUUGACGUUAUAAAGUUCUAUAUAACAAAAGCCCAAUUGCGACAGAGGCGUACGCCGCACGAGAGAAGACGACUCGCCGCGCAAAGAGCCAGCAAAAACAUUGAAAAGGAAGAAAGAGAACAAAUAAAGCAAGGACAAGAGCCAUUGAUGGAAAUGAUGAAGCAACUAAUGGAAGAAAUGAAACAACUGAGAGAAGAAAAUAGAGGGGUAAAAAAAGAAUUGCAGACAAUAAAUGGAAUACUGGAAAGAGAAAGAGAAAAAUGGAAACAAAAGGAGAGAAGCUUCGAAGAAAGAAUCAAUAAUUUAGAGAAGAAGGUGGAAAUAAAAGAGAGGCAAGAAAGAAGAAACAAUUUCAUAAUUACGGGUAUGGAAAUAAGGGAAAGAACAGAUGCAAAAGAAGUAGAGGAAUUUUUGAAAAAAGAAAUUGAGGCAGAAAAUAGGGAACAAAAGCAGGGAAAAAGACGGGGAAAAACACGAAAAUCGAAAGAUAAAGUAGAAAACAAAGACGGAAAAUUGCUAUGGGAAUUAAUUGAAGAAAGAGGUUGGGAACUCUUGAAUGGGGUGAAGGAAGGGGACGAGGAAGAGGAAUUUACCUGGAUAGGUAAAAGAGGGGAAUCGGUAAUAGACUACGUAAUAGUAAACGGAUUAGCAGAAGAAGAGGUAGAAACAUUCAAGAUAGGAGAAAGAGUGGACUCCGAUCACGUGCCACUAGAAGUAAAAUAUAUAAAUAAAGAACGGAAGAACAAAAUCACGAUUAGUGAAGACAUACCUAUAAUACAGUGGAAGAAGCAUUUUAUAAAACUGUUGAAUGGAAAGGAAGAGAGAAUUGUAGUGCAAGAUAGUAAAACCGGGAUUGGUGGUAGAGAAAGGGAAGCGGAGAUUCGAGUAGAGGAAGUAGCAAAACAAUUAGGAAAACUGAAAAGGGGAAAAGCACCGGGGAGGGACGGGUUGGUAAACGAAGUGUGGAUAUUUGGGACGGAUGGGAUGAUUGAAAGAUUGAGCGAGUUAAUGAAUGAUGUGUGGACGGGUAAAGGUUUUCCCAGGGGAAUGGAGAGCAGGACAAAUAUGCCCAAUUCAUAA